AUGCUUACCAGCAGCACUGGGAGCCAGAGACACUGUUCAGGGCCCGGUCUCUCCCAGUACAGCGGCCAGUCCACGUACGAGGAGCGGUGCGUCGACCCGCUGGACGAUUGGACGGAAGCAAAGACCGUCCAAACAUCCCAUCUAAAAGAUGUCCGUGCACAGGAGCCCGAGACCCUUGGCUUCAUUCCUGGUUCAGCAGACGCUACAGCUGGGGCCCAAUCCUGUGCCCCCUGUGGCUCCCAUAAAAGAUGCAGGGGUUUUGUGUGCAGCGUCCUGACAUGUGGUCUAUACCGGGUCUGCCUGAACGCCAACCUCCUUCCGUGCCUGGUGCCCAUUGAGCGAUAUCCAGAUGAACGGGCCAAGGUCAGCCUGCAAGCCGUGAACGCAGGAGACGCCAAGGAGGAAGAGGAGGAGGACGCAGGCUGGCUGGAGGAUCUCCAUAUCGGCGGGGUCAAAGUAAACAGUCAAAGACUGGACCUGGUUGUGGUGACCGAAGCUCUGCCUCAUGGGUCUCUGCCCAGAGGUCAGGAACGGCUAACCACCUAUGAGUCCGUGAGUUACGACGACUGGGAAGACGGGGACGGGGACGUGGACUCCCUGAUCACCAAGAAACUACUGGACCUCUACUCCGAGUACCAGAUCGAGGAGCUGGCCAGGUGCACGUCAGACUCUGUGUUUCUGAAGAAGACCAACGAGAUCAACCAGCUGAUCAGCUCCCUGGCGGAGGAGCACAAGCUGGGCGAGCAGGAGGCGGAGUGCCGGCUAGUGCGCGGCAUCAUCCGCAUCAGCACGCGGAAGAGCAAGAAGAGGAGGCCGCAGUACGUGAGGGCCCAGACGACGCUGUCGGACAGCGGCAAUGAAACCAUGAGAGACAGUGAUUCUUAUUCGUUCAGCAACAACAAUGACUACAAGUCAAAUCCAAACAUCCAGAUAUCGGAACAGACGCACUCUGACGUGUACGCCAGGAAGAUGAGGACAAACAAUGAAGGUUAUACCUCAGCCUCUACAACGCCACACCCGCCCACUCGGACGGAGGCCGAUUCCUCGGGUGUGCCGCUGCUUUGCUCCUCCGUGAGAGCCUGA